CUUCACAAGAGGACUAGUGGAUGGAUUUAGAAAACUCUCCAACAGAAAAGAGCUUUUUUCCCCUGAUUGCACUAAUUUUAAAAGAAGGCUGAGAAAGUUGCAAGGAUCUUUUCAAAGCUCCUAAAAUCCAGGAGGACUGCUUCUAUCCAAAAAAGAACAACAAUUUUGUAUAACUGUGACACAGAACUGGGACUCAACCUGUUUUGGGGUGUCCAAAGUCACCAAAAAUAUCUCAAGUCUAGUUGAAAACAAAAAGGUUUGUGCCAAAAUGAUGACCAUGAUGAUGAUGAUGGUCACUUGCACCUCUCUGUUGCUGCUCGGGAUGGCUGCUGCCCAUGUCUCCUCCAGCACUGUGACCCAUAUUUCCUCUUUAUCCUCUUCUUCCUCAUCUCCCUCUUCCUCGUCUUCAUCACCACGCAUGAAACUUUCGUACAAAGAAUUACAACAGUUUCAUGGAGUUCGGCGAUUUGACCUUGAGCGUUCCUGCUGCUUCAGCGCCAUGCUGCUGGACGAAGAGAGGGGGCGACUCUUUGUGGGGGCCAAGAACUUCCUGCUGUCACUCUCACUGGACAACAUUGCUAAACAAGAGCACAAGAUCUACUGGCCCGCCCCUGUUGACUGGAGAGAGGAGUGUAACUGGGCAGGCAAGGACAUCACUUCGGACUGUGUGAACUAUGUGAAGAUUGUGCACCACUAUAACCGCACCCACCUAUACGCCUGCGGAACUGGGGCCUUUCAUCCUACUUGUGCCUUUGUGGAGGUGGGAAAUAAGAUGGAGGACCACGUGUUCCGGAUUGACCCUUCUAAAGUGGAGGACGGGAAAGGAAAGAGUCCAUAUGAUCCUCGACAUAACGCUGCAUCUGUGCUCAUCGGUGAUGAACUUUAUGCAGGUGUUGCUACAGACCUAAUGGGACGGGACUACACUAUCUUCAGGAGUCUGGGGAAACGUCCUUCGAUUCGUACCGAACAACACGACUCACGCUGGCUCAAUGAGCCAAAGUUUGUUGGUUCCUUUUGGGUCCCUGAGAGUGAAAAUCCUGAUGAUGACAAGAUCUUCUUCUUCUUCCGGGAAACAGCGGUUGAGGCCCAGGGUCUGGGAAAGUCCACGUACUCUCGAAUCGGACAGCUGUGCAGAAAUGACAUGGGUGGUCAACGAAGUCUGGUGAACAAGUGGACGACGUUCCUCAAGACCCGUUUAAUUUGCUCUGUACCAGGAUCUGAUGGCAGUGAUACAUACUUCGAUGAGCUGCGCGAUGUGUUCCUGCUGCAGACGAGGGACAGAAAGAAUCCGCUGGUGUACACAGUCUUUUCUACUUCCAGCAGCAGUGUGUUUAAAGGCUCAGCAGUGUGUCUUUACUCCAUGAAUGACAUCCGGAGGGCCUUCCUGGGGCCAUUCGCUCACAAAGAGGGGCCCAACUACCAGUGGGUCCCCUUCCAGGGAAAAGUACCCUAUCCCCGGCCAGGAAUGUGUCCCAGCAAGACGUUUGGCAGCUUUGAGUCCACAAAGGGUUUCCCAGAUGAUGUGAUCCAGUUUGCACGCCACCACCCUCUGAUGUACAACCCCGUCUACCCUGUGGGCCGACGGCCCAUCUUUGUUCGAACCAAUGUGGACUACAGUUUCACGCAGAUCGCUGUGGACAGAGUCAACGCUGCAGAUGGACAAUAUGAUGUCAUGUUCAUUGGCACAGACAAAGGAACGGUGCUAAAGGUGAUCAGUGUUCCCAAAGAGAGCUGGAACAACAUGGAAGAACUUCUACUAGAAGAGCUUGAAGUAUUCAAAGAUGCCUCAUCUGUCAUCAACAUGCAGAUAUCCUCCAAACGUCAACAGCUGUACGUCGGCUCGGACACAGGCAUCGCUCAGGUUCCUCUUCAUCGCUGCAGCGUUUAUGGGAAGGCCUGCGCCGAGUGCUGCCUGGCCCGAGACCCAUACUGUGCCUGGGAUGGAACGUCUUGCACUCGAUACCUGCCAAACACUAAAAGGCGCUUUCGUCGUCAAGAUGUGAGGAAUGGAGAUCCCAACACCCUCUGCUCCGGUGACCACCAUAAGCCUCGCGUUGCAGAGAGGAAGCUGUAUGGAGUUGAGAGUAGCAGCACUUUCUUGGAGUGUAUCCCUAAAUCUCUUCAGGCCAAAGUCACCUGGACCUACCAGAAACAUCCACAAAACCCACGAGAAGAGGUGCGUCUAGAUGAACGCAUCCUCCAGACAGACAGAGGCCUCCUGAUUCGCCGAGUCCUGAAGAGGGAUAACGGAGUCUACCAGUGCCACGCCAUGGAGCAUGGUUUCACCCAAACAUUACUGGGCAUCACGUUAGAAGUUGUACCUUCAACGCCCUCCUCCAUCUCAAAUCUACCCUCUGAUGCUCCUGUACGAUUAGAUCCUCGCAGCGGAGGCGGUUCCUCAGUAACCAAUCAAAAGUUCUGGUACCGGGACUUCAUGCAGCUAGUGGACCACCCAAACCUCAACACUGUCGACCAGAUCUGUGAGCAAGUUUGGGCACGAAAGAACGCCAACAGUGACCAGGUGUCAAAGAAUUACCCUGCUUCUGCAAGAAAGGACACGCUGCCCCUGGCUCCUGAUGUCCGGCCAGCAAACAAGAAGUGGAAGCAUCUCCAGGAGAUCAGAAAGGGGAGAAACCGCAGGACCCAUGAUGGGAAACCAAAUCCACGGUCGCCACGCAGUGCAGGGGAGUAACGCUAUGGAGCAAGAGAUGGAGGGAGAAAUGAGAAGAGGAGAACGAAAGAAAGAGACUGAGAGACCAAGAACUCAUGGAAGUGUUCACAUAUACAGAUACACACAUGCACAGUACUUUCUAUGUUAUCUAUGGAUGCCACCACUAUAAGGUCCACUGUUUCCUGAGUCUCCAUCCCUCUGACCAGUUCCUGCAUGUGCUGCCUUACAGCCCAAACUGAUUCUGUACAAUUUCUUUACACUGUUUCACUAGAAAAGUAAAAGCAAGCACUCGGAAAGCUUUUCCCAUCUCACAUCACAGACACAGCUACACAACUUACAUAGUUAAUGAGCGGCUCACCUUUUCUCCAAGACUACACCAACCCAAGAGAGUCCCAAAGGUUUGGAUCACUUAAGAUAUUUGUAUUUGAAGAUUUUACACCAGCAUGGCAGACUC